AUGGAUUUUUACUCCAAUUUGGACUCAAGGUCCUUGGAUUCAGAGACUCCCACUCUAUUUGAAAUAAUUUCUGCACAGGAGCUGGAGAAACUGCUGACUCCAUCCAUUCGAUAUAUCUUAGUCCAUUAUACGCAACGCUAUCCUCGGUACUUGCUGAAGGUGGCUAAUCAUUUUGAUGAACUGAAUCUGGCUAUUCGGGGAUUUAUUGAAUUUCGACAACUGAGUCAUUGGAACUCCACAUUUAUCGAUAAGUUUUAUGGGUUGAAGAAAGUUCGCAACCACCAAACAAUAUCCACCGAACGGCUACAAUCACAGGUUCCUACCCUAUUAGAGCAAAGGCGAAGGCUUUCAAAGACCCAGAUAGCCGUAUCUUUGUUUGAGAUUGUAGGCGUGCCAUAUUUAAGAGAUAAGCUGGACCAUUUGUAUGACAAGCUCUAUCCGAAGCUAAUGAUGAACAAUCUAGACCCCAAAGAAAGCCUCAAAACGUUUGUUCAAUACUACUUUUUGAAGCUGUACCCCAUAUUGUUGAGUGUAUUGACCACAAUUCAAGUCUUGUUGCAGGUUUUGUAUCUUUCAGGCACAUUCAAAUCUCCGUCCAUCAUUAUGUGGUUAUUCAAGAUGAAAUAUGCUAGAUUGAACAGCUAUGACUACAACCUGGAUGAACAGAGAGUUAACAAGUUUCUCAAUAAGACAUCUGCCGGGAAAUUGGGAACGGGGAAUAAUAGAAUUAGGCCUAUCACGUUGACAGAGUCAUUGUAUUUACUGUAUUCCGAUCUAACUCGUCCAUUAAAGAAAGGAUUACUAAUCACAGGAGGAACACUAUUCCCAGCAUCAAUCUUUCUCUUGAAGUUUCUGGAAUGGUGGAAUUCCUCUGAUUUUGCAACUAAAAUGAACAAACCAAGAAAUCCAUUCAGCGACUCAGAGUUACCGCCCCCAAUAAACCUUUCAAAAGACUUACUUGCUGAUAGAAAAAUCAAGAAACUUUUGAAGAAGUCACAGAGCAAUGACGGUACUUGCCCUCUUUGCCAUAAACAGAUUACCAAUCCUGCCGUCAUCGAAACGGGAUAUGUAUUUUGCUACACCUGUAUUUUCAAGCAUCUCACUAGCUCUGAGCUGGAUGAAGAGACUGGAGGAAGAUGUCCAAUCACAGGUAGAAGACUCCUCGGAUGCCGAAUUAACAAGACUACAGGAGAGUGGACUGUGGACGGAAUCCGUCGCCUAAUGAUGUAG